AUGAUCGGGGGUUAUGUGGAACAACCGGACAAGAAGCGGGAGGGCACGAACGAAGCGUGGGCCUUCGCCCGCGGCGGCGGCGGCAGCUGGGACCUGGUGCCUUACGCGCCCGGCCCGCAGCCCGGGCCGCGCAUCGCGUCCCAAUGUGUGUCGGUGGGGGAAGACGUUUGGCUCAUCGGCGGCUGGGACCCCUCGCAGCAGGGCCCCGGGGCAUUCCAGGAUGACAUCUGGAGGCUCAGCACUAAGGACUGGUCUUGGACGCGAGUGGAGCCGCAGGGCGAGAAGGUCGGCGGCGGUAUCAGCAGGUUCCAGGCAGUGGCCGUCGACGGCAUGAUCUACAUCCACACGCACCGAACCUCGGACCACAUCCUAACCUUGGACACGUCCACGUCGCCCCCCACCCUGGCGCGGCGGCCCGUGCAGCCGGACACGUCGGCGGGCGCCCCGUCGGCGCGCGGCCUGCACUCGGUCACGCGGGUGGGGGGCGGACUGGUGCUGUUCGGCGGCGCCCCGCAGAGCGGCCCCAUGAUGGGCGACCUGUGGCGGCUCGACCUCUCCUCCCUCUCCUGGCAGCAGCUGUCCCCCGCCGGCCCCGCGCCCCACGUGCGCUGCAGCCACAUCGCGGCGGCGGUUGGGGACUCGAAGCUCCUUGUCGUCGGCGGCGCGUUUUACGGCAGCUCCGGCGGCCUCGAGAUGCUGGGGGAUGCGUUCGUGUACGAUCUAGAGAAGAACGCGUGGGAUGAGGUCGUUGCUUCCGGCGACGGGCUGCCGUCGCCGCGCAACGCCGCCGUCGGCUUGCCGCUGGCGCGGGCGUCGGAGGGGCACGUGCUGGACCUGCUGAUCCAUGGCGGCUGGCGGGCGUUUGUGGAGACCUAUGCCGACUCCCACAUCAUCUCAAUCUGA